GUUUACAGCACAAGGCAAACACAUCCCAUGUCAACAGCAUCAUGGAAUUUAAGGAGCUGAUGCAAAAUGGCGUACAGUGUGCCACAGAGGUCCAAGAUGCGACCUGUUACCAUCUCUCGCAGUGGAAAUGUCAUCUACUCACCAGUGGACGACUUUUGGAUAAGCUUACCACGUUCCAUCCGGGUAACAGUUUACAACAGUGGUGAGCAGAAAAUUCUCAUCAUGAGGGUUGUGCCUCAGGUAACUUUCAAAGAACUGGUCUGUUUGGUGGCCUCUGAGAUCUUUGCAGUAGAGCCGCUGGCUGAAUUCAGCCUGCAGUACAAGAGCUGGACACUCUCUGGUAACACAGUGUUGUCUACCGUUGACCUGGACCAGACAGUUGGUGCCUUCCACUGUGUCCUGGAUCUACAGGUGGUCCAGGUGGACUUACAGGGCGAUGACUGGACCUGGUACAUGUCCAACAGGGGCUUCCUACAGACCAGAAAGCAGAUCCAGGUUCUCUCGGCAGCUUCCUCUGUUCAGAUGUGUGGCAGUGGUUACAGAAUGUUCAACUCCAGGGAUUCGGCUAUCUUCACCAUGCUGCACCACCAGUUUACUACACCAGCAAUCCUCAGGCUGGCCUACACACAACGUGGGCACACUUUGUCAACACCUGUUGCUCGGGAAGUUAAGGUGACCAUCUGCACCAAAGAGGGGCGGAGACUCUUCACAACUGUGGUCAUCAGGGAGACAAAGUUUGAAGAGGUGGCCAUCAAGAAUUGUGCCCUGAUCUGUGGUGGACUGAGGGUGACUAACUUCACCUUCAAAACCAUCUCACCUCCUGGACCUGAGUUCCUGUUCCCUGACAUCAUGGUGGGAGGGUUUGGCCCGGAGGUGAACAUCAUUGCCGAAGAGGUGGGAAAUGAAGACAGGUGGUUCUGGAGAGUGUGCAAUGCAGGCUACCUGGAGAAGAGGGUGUAUUACCCCUAGGAUGGCCCUGAGCAGUAAGAAGCAAUUACACCAGUUGCAGCAUCAACUCUAGAUUAAGAGUUUAGUUUCCAUGCUGUCUUUGAGUUUGCUGAAAAAAAAUCAUGUUCUUCUUAAUUAUUUUCAGAUUCUAUAAGUUUAAGUUUAAUAGUACUGUAUGCUGAAUUGUAGAUUCCAUUUGUUCUCUCUGAUUUGCAUCAGCUGCAUCAAAUUAGUGUAAAGUAAAAGUUGUACAAUGACACAACUCAAACUUUGUCAAAGAAAAAAA